AAAUUCCAAGUCUUUGACAGACUGUUCCUCUUCGUAUACACAAUACAAAGCCACCCCCUUCUCUUCAAAUUCCAUUCCAAUUCCUCAUUUUAAUCGCCUCCAGCAAUCCUCUCUCUCUCUCUCUCUGUCUCGAGUCUUUUUUCUGCAUAGCAAAAGGGUUUGCUUGGAUUGUUUUCGUUUCUGUUUCUGUUUGUUUUCUUGAUUUUUGAGUUGCUAAGAGUGGUGGGAGUUUUGUGUUUUUGUUUGUCAUGGCUGAGGAAACCAAGAAGACGACUCCUGUUGCCGCCGAAGAGGUGGUGGUGUCUGAUGUGCCGGUAGCGGAGAAGCCCACAACCGAUGUGGUAGAGAAGGAGGCGCCACCGCAGCCGGAGCCUGAGCCUGAGAAGGAGAAGGUUGAGAAACCUGUGGCGGAAGAGGUGGUGGAAGGAGAAAAGGAGAAGGAGAAAGAAGAAGCAUCUGAGGAGAAAGUUGCUGAAUCUGCAUCGUUUAAGGAGGAAAGCAACAAGGUCGAUGAUCUUAUCGACCCAGAGAAGAAAGCUUUGGAUGAAUUCAAAAAGUUGAUUCAGGAGGCACUCAACAAGCAUGAAUUCACCGCUCCACCGCCCCCUCCCCCGGCCCCAGCCAAGGAGGAGGAACCAAAACCUGAAGAGAAGAAAGAAGAAGAAGCAAAACCAGAAGAAGAGCCAAAGGCUGAAGAGAUAAAAGAACAAGAGACAAAGACUGAAGAAAAAGCCGAAGCCUAUGAGGCACCGGCUGAGGUUCCGCCGCCGGCGGAGCCCGUGAAAGAAGAGGAGGUGGAGAAAAAGGAUGAAGAAAAAGCAACCCCUCCACCGGCUGCUGAGCCAUCCGAAACAGUGGUAGAAAAGGUGGAAGAAAAAGUUGAAGCUGUUGAAGAGAUUAAAGAAACUAUAGUUCAUGAAGUGACCGCCCCUGCUCCACCGCCAUGUGAGGAGCCCGCCGCUGCCCCGGUGGAGGAGGAGAAGCCCAAGGAGGAGGAGACAGCCCCACCACCUGCACCUGAGGAGGUCUCCAUAUGGGGUAUUCCUUUACUUGCUGAUGAGAAGAGUGACGUGAUUCUCCUUAAGUUCUUGAGGGCUAGGGACUUCAAGGUGAAAGAAGCUUUUGCGAUGCUGAAAAGCGUGGUGGCAUGGAGGAAAGAGUUUAAGAUUGAUGAGUUGCUGGAAGAGGAGGGAAUCCUUGAGGGGCUUGAAAAAGUUGUUUAUAUGCAUGGAGUUGAUAGAGAGGGACACCCUGUUUGUUACAAUGCUUUUGGUGAAUUUCAGAAUAAGGAGUUGUACAGCAACACUUUUGCUGAUGCUGAGAAGAGAGCCAAGUUCUUGAGGUGGUAUAUUCAGUUCUUGGAGAAGAAUAUCAGGAAGCUCGACUUCAGUCCUGAUGGCACAUGCACUAUUGUUCAGAUCACUGAUCUCAAGAACUCACCUGGCCUCAUAUUAUUCAAGAAAGAACUCCGCCAAGCUACCAACCAGGCCCUCCAGUUGCUCCAGGAUAACUAUCCUGAAUUUGUCGCCAAACAGGUGUUCAUCAAUGUCCCAUGGUGGUAUGUGGCCUACAAUAGGAUGAUCAGUCCAUUCCUGACCCAGAGAACCAAGAGCAAGUUUGUGUUUGCAGGCCCAACCAAGACUGCUGAGACACUCUUCAAAUACAUAGCACCUGAGCAAGUACCUGUUCAGUAUGGUGGUCUUAGCAAGGAGGGUGAACAGGAAUUCACCCCUGCUGAUCCUGCAACAGAGGAGAUUAUCAAGCCAACAUGCAAGCACACCGUCGAAUUGCCAAUCACUGAGGCUGGCACGUUGGUUUGGGAGGUGAGAGUGGUGGGCUGGGACGUUUCCUAUGGGGCCGAGUUUGUACCAAGUGACGAGGGUGGAUACACUUGGAUAGUGCAGAAGUCGAGGAAAAUUGGACCAACCGAUGAACAAGUUAUUGGCUGCAGCUUCAAAGUUGGUGAAACUGGAAAAAUUGUGCUCACAUUUGACAACCAAACUUCUAAGAAGAAGAAGCUUCUCUACAGGUCCAAGACCAAGCCCUCUGAAUGAACAUAAAAUGCAGCACAAAAAGGAGGGCUCUCCUUUGUUCAUUCACAUAUUCUUUCUUUCUUUCCUUUCUUGAUUGGGUACUAAAACUUAGUUGUUGUCGGGGGUGUUAUUUAUUUUAUAUUUGUUUGUUGGUUCUCGUGAAUUAUAGUUGUGUUGUUGGAUUGUUUUAAAUGUCUGGGGAAACAAUUUGGGAAUGUAAGGAUGAGGAAAUGACUAUACAUACAAGGGGUUGGAGAAUGUGUUUAUUUCUUCCUUCUUUUACUAGUGUGAAAUGUGGACACAAACAUUUGUUACUACAGCUUCCUGAUACUUUAAUGCUGUAAAUUUUGUGUACAUUCGAUGUUUUGGCA